GGUGGAGGCUGGGUCCGGGUUGAGUAGCCCGCCAAGCCGCCAAGUGAGUACCUCUGCUCGGCGGCACUGGUGGUGGUGGUCGUGCCCACGAGACUCCACGGAAAGGAGGGUCGCUGCCUGCCUUGAUUGCGUUUCCCCGCAUCUAAAUGGAAGCGGGCGGCUUCGUGUCCCGGCGCACGUCGCUAGACUCGCCGGGGGUCGACAACCGGGUCGCGACCGGGACAGACGUUCGAUGGCUGGGCGGCAGGCUGCUGGGCACCGCGGGAGGAUUGGUCGGGGCUUUACCCGCGAGGGUGACCGGAGAACAGGACUUUUCCCCGGCGUUUUGUCGACCUACCGCGGAGUGCUCGAUCGAGGCGGACGUGGACUAUGAGGGGCUUCCCCGCGGAGCCACCACCGGCACCCACAUGCUGGCCGGAGCCGUGGCAGGAAUCAUGGAGCACUGCCUCAUGUAUCCCAUCGACUGUGUGAAGACUCGCAUGCAGAGCUUGCGCCCAGAGCCAAACGCCCGCUACCGCAACGUGAUGGACGCCCUGCGGCAGAUCGUGCGCACGGAGGGCGUCUGGCGCCCUAUCCGCGGCAUCAACGUGUUGGCGGUGGGCGCCGGCCCCGCCCACGCGCUCUACUUUGCCUGCUACGAGCGCAUCAAGUUCACGCUGAGCAACGCCAUCCACCCCGGCGCCAACAGCCACUUCGCCAACGGAGUGGCGGGCUGCAUGGCCACCGUCAUCCAUGACGCUAUGAUGAACCCAGCUGAAGUGGUGAAACAGCGCAUCCAGAUGUUUGGCUCGCCAUACCGCGGCGUGCUGGACUGCGUGGGCACCACGCUGCGCCAGGAGGGUCCGGCGGCCUUCUACCGUAGCUACACCACGCAGCUGACCAUGAACGUGCCCUUUCAGGCGCUCCACUUCAUGACAUACGAGUACCUCCAGGAGGCGCUCAACCCUCACAGACACUACAACCCCACCUCCCACGUGGUGUCAGGGGCGCUGGCCGGCGCGUUGGCCGCAGCCGCCACCACGCCGCUCGACGUCUGCAAGACGCUGCUCAACACGCAGGAGGUGGCCAGCGCGCACGUCCUGCAGGCCGACUUGGGCGGCUCGCCGGCGGCAGCCCGCCACAUCUCCGGGCUGGGGGAAGCAUUUCGGACGGUCUACCGCGCAGGCGGCGCGCCAGCCUUCUUCAAAGGCGUGCAGGCCCGCGUUAUCUACCAGAUGCCCUCCACUGCCAUCAGUUGGUCCGUGUACGAAUUCUUCAAGUACGUCAUCACCAAGCGGCAGCACGAGAAGCACCUGCGCGGCGACGCCAACAAAUGAGCGUCCGGCUCGAGAAACGCAAUCAAUGACAGCGUUGGCAAGCGGAUGGCGACAAAGACGAGUAAUGUAGCCUCAAAACACUAAACGUGCAAAUUGUCAACCGAAAAUAGAGAGUGAAACAAUUCUGAUCAAGAUUAGCUCUAACUGUAUGAAAAGUGAUGCCAAACGUGACUACCGUAAGUUCCGGCCUAUAGAGCGCACCUGGUUAUUAGCCUCAGCCAGUACAUUUGUAAAGGAAAUACCAUUUGGUACAUGUAAAAGCCGCAAGUGCCCACAUUGAAACACGAGAUAUUUACAAAGAAAGACAGUAAACAAAGUGUUUUCAAAGUUGUAAUACCUUAGCUUAACAUAGCAACAACACGGUAGCAUGAACAGGGCUGGUUUGGAAAAAAAAAAAAACGGCCUCAGGAGCUACACAGUAGCAAUAUGGGAGCACAGCGCUAAUGGGGCCGGUUAAAAAACAAAACAAAAUCACUGAGACGUGGCAGUAACACAGCAGCAUAGCACCACGCUAACUUCUAGUGACACGUGUACACAAAAAUUUAAAUAUCCAUGUUAACGCACACACUGUUGAGUUUGUGAGACACAGACAAUAUGGGGGAACAAAAGGAGGAUGGGGCGCUAGCGCGGUGCUAACGGCUGUUUUAAAAAAAAUAAUAAUAAUAAAUACCGGCAAAAGUCACUUCCUUGAUACAUAUAUUCCACUGGUCUCACACUUACCUUUUCCGCUCGAGUGCCCCUUGCGGCGGUUAGAAAAAAAGAAUCGCAAAUCAGCCGCAUUAACCGCAGGGUUGAAAGCGUGUGAAAAAAGUUGCGGCUUAUAGUCUGGAAAUUACAGUACUAGCUUGAAUUUGGCCCGUGUUAUGAAGUCACUGUUAAAUCAAAGUAAAAAAGCCCUUUUGGCUUGAAAUUGCAUAUCUAGCAGAUAAAUUCGGAAUCAUCAAAAUAAAUUUGCUAUUUUUUUUAUUAGCUUCUCUCGCUAACCUUCAAACAAAAGUCGGGAUGAACGUGCACUCACACUUGGCUUCAAUCAGCCGCUAUGCAUCCAAACGCACAAGCAUUGCUGUUCCUGAUGGAAGUCAUGCAAGCUGUCAAUAGAUUCAUAAUAAUAAUAUAUCUUUAAAUAUGAUGCAAGAAAACUUGUCCUCUACUGGGCUGUGCUCUGGGACUAUUUUGUUGUGCUUUGGAAACCAAAGAAUAGAAGCAUCACCAAAACAAAAAAAAAAAGUGUCAAUAGGAAGAAGCAAAAUGAAGCGACGUCAGCUCUAUUUUUUUGUUUACUUGUAAAUAAAGUCGCAAAUGGCAGCUCCUCGCAGAAGCAGGGUCUUCUCUUGGUGCUCCAGC